AAAAACCAUCAGGCUCUCUUGCUUUAUUUUUGCGAUGCCGGGCAGGUUGUUGGGUAUCAUCACUUGAUGAAGAAGGAAGGAAAGCACGUCGCCAAUAGUAGCUAUUCCUUUUCAAGAUCCUUCAGUCUAUAGAAGCGCAAUCAAAGUACUUGUGCCGAUGUUCCUUGGGCUAGCGAUAUCUGGAUCUUCGUCACCUCCACGGGGCGGUCAAAGCUCUGCAACCGGAAGGCUUUACCACUAUCUCUGGAUUUGCGGUGCGAUAGUCACCCUUCACUUGGCAUUUCCCUUGUUUUGGUUCAUUCCAGAUCUCUACGUGGCCGAACCGGAGACUGUUUCUGGAUUUACACCAUUUUUGGAUGCAUCCAGCAUCCAUGUACCGCCAUCACAAGUGGAAUCUGUCAAGCAAUUUGAUCGUACUGAUGAUGAUUGGAAAGGAUUCCAUCCCAACCGAACAAUUGCAUUCGUCCAUCUAGGGAAAGCUGGUGGCAUGACGGUCCGAUCUAGCACAAGUCUCGCGUGUCGGUUGGCCGCCAACUCCACAGAAGCGUUUAGAACUGCCUGCAUUGACAAACACUUCCUUCCCAAUGCAACGCUUUCUAGGCAGGUGAAUUACUACUUCCAUAUGCAUGCAUACAACAAAAGUGAGCUCGAAGGAGCAACAAGUUACCUGUUUGUGUUGAGGCAUCCCGUGGAAAGAGUCAUCUCUGCUUAUCGCUACUCUCAUCCUGCCAACUGCCGAGGUGAAGUUCGCACAGGUCGUAUCAAACCCUAUGGCUGCUAUUUGGAAAGGUUUCUGUAUAAAAAAGGCAGCCAGGAGAAUCAAGUCUUUGCCAAAUGCUUCCGUUCUGCAGAGAUGGAAACCUUUGCUCAAGCUGUGCUCUCUCCCUACCCUCCAUUCAAUACCAGCCAUCUGGGUAAAGAAACAACCCUUAGAUUCCGAAAGAUGGCCCCUGGAAUCUGUCGACGAAUGGCACAUCGUGUCGUAAGAGGGCUGGCACACGCGCAGUCGUUGCCCAAUGCAUUUACACGCGCCCUUCCACACAUGAAGUAUAACUACGAAUACUACAUGGAUCACACCGUUUGGCAGAACCCCCAAAAGGAAGUAUUUGGGAUCCGUACAGAACACGAGUGGAACGAUCUGCGUGCCAUUGAUUUGUCCAUUGGCGGGUCUGGAGUCUUUCGGGGGGAAGGAAGGGCCAUUUCACAUGGGAGUGGAGGAUAUCUGCCAUCACCGUUGACAACGGACGCCUACGAGAAGCUGUGCUGUGUGUUGGAACAGGAGAUUGCCAAUUAUCAGGAUCUGCUGCAUCGCAUCCAAAACUUGAAUGAUGCAGAGAAGAAGGCAUGUAUGGACAAGGUUCGGCAAUCAUGUGGAAUUGGAGACAGGCCGCUGGAGGAAUGGCGGAAAGAAUGUCAAGCCAGAAUAGAACAUGACCGACCAGUUUGGCAAUUGCCCCAAGCAAACAAUAGGAGGGUCCAGCAAACAGCAACAUGAUUUCACGAAGGGUGAAGAAGCUUGUUCUUGCAGGUUUGCGUUGCACCCCAAAAAGAAGCUGGGGCACUGGAGCAACGCAUACCCAGACUUUCAUUGGGCAUUCUGAAAACGAUGAGCAGAGAUCAGGGAGAUAGAUGGCAUGAUUCUACCAAACGAUGCAACAAGGCACAAUCCACAAAUGCGCAAGGGCUGCUGGGAAAGCGACGACGCCUUCUUCCAGCGCUGAAAACAAUGUCAUCAUGGCUUCGAGGAAGAGCAACUGACAGAACCUGGCGUUUGGGACAGGCCAAAAAUGUUCUCUCCGCCAAACUCCCCUGCUGGUGUAGAGUCGUAAGCUGGCCAAAGUUGAUUCCUUCUGGCUAGGUCACCAAAGAAAAACUUCAUGCAAUACUUUAGUUAUAGAAUGAAUCAAUUUGACUAUUACCACGUAGUUUCAAAACGCAUUCAUAGGAAGGAGCCCAGACCAUCAGUCAGGUACGUAGGUCGCAGCUACCAUGCAUUCAGGAUA